AUGAACAGAAAUCAACCAGUUGAAGACGAAAUGGUGUACGGUGAAUAUGACGUUGAUGAGGAACUUUCGGAAGAUCUUCAAGACUAUGAUGAAUGCACAAAGGAACCCGUUGAUUUGGCCAAACUCCGUAUUGCCCAACUGGAUGAAGAAAGAGCCGAGCGAGUUGCGAAACGUCGUCAACCAAGUAAUCCCAUUAAAAGGGCACUUCAUCGUAUUAUUCCUUAUGGUGGGAUUGUAUCAUCUGGGUUUAAUCUUGCCAGUUCAUCCCUUGGCUCUGGUAUAAUAGCCUUACCCUAUGCAUUUAAUACUUCUGGAUUGGCAAUGGCUAUUAUUUACCUUGUCAUGGUUGGUCUGUUGACGAUUUAUUCCUUCCGUAUGAUGGGCAUUGCCGGUAAACGUACUGGAUUACGCAACUAUGAACAAGUUACGGCGAUGAUUCUUGGUCGCUUUGCUGGAUACUUUCUUGCCUUUGUGAUGCUUUUACUAAGCUUUGGUGCGGAAGUAUCGUAUGUUAUCUCUAUGGGGGAUCUCAUUGGUGCUUUUGUUAACAACUCGGAUGCUCCUGCGUACUUAAAAACUACAUCUGGACGACGAGUUCUCACUGCAGCUGUAUGGCUUGUGGCUAUGCUGCCACCGUGUCUUCCUAAAGAAGUGAACUCACUACGGCAUUUGUCUGUUAUUGCAGUACUAUGCAUUGUUUUCUUUGUUAUUUGUAUGGUGAUUCACUCAGCACGUAAUGGCCUGGCUCAUGGUCCACGGAAAGAUCUGGUGUACUUUCAAACUGGAAAUGCAGGGAUUGAAGGACUUUCUAUAUUCACUUUUGCCUUUAUUUCUCAAAUGAAUUGCUAUGAAGUCUAUGAAGAAAUGUACAAACCGGGUGUAAACCGAUUAACAAAGAGUGCGGCAGUUGGUGUGUUUCUUGGUUUCUGUCUAUACUUCAGCGCUGGACUAUUUGGCUAUUUGGACUUUGGACCAGCCGUUACGGGAUCUGUACUGAAGCAAUAUAAUCCAAUUGAAGAUAAAAUGAUGGCUGUGGCUUAUGCUGGCAUUAUAUGGAAACUCUGUGUUGGAUAUGGUUUACAUAUGAUUCCCGUACGAGAUGCUGUCUAUCACUUUCUCCACAUUGACGUUAAAAAACUUGCAUGGUGGAAGAAUGCGAUGAUUUGUACCUUCAUGGCUACCUGUUCACUUGUGGCCGGUUUUUUCAUUCCUAAUGUGAAUGUUGUGUUUGGACUGGUCGGUGGAUUCUGUGGUGGUUUUAUGGCCUUUAUCAUUCCAGCAUUACUAUACAUGUACAGUGGGCAUUGGUCACUGCAGUCUGUUGGUUUCUUUAACUACUUUGCCACUUACUUCUUGUUAAUUGUUGGAGUGAUUGCUGUCGUGUUCGGUACAGCCGCAGCCGUCUAUGGUGAAGUACAGAGACACUAA